CGCAGCAUACUCCUUCCCCCCGCAAGCAACCUUUUAAUGGCUCGAGCUGUGCAGAAUAUCGGACUCCUGCUGUUGCUGACCUGUAGCUUAUCAGAUGCCCAGGGCUGGAGGAGUUGGCUUUGGGGGAGUUCAGAGAAAACAACCCUCCCUCCCACAAAGGCUGUCGAUACCGAGGACCAGACGACACAUCGAGUAACCACAUCCGAAGCGACCACCUUGGACAUCCCCCCAGAAAGUACCACACAGCAAACGGGACACGUAUGGAAUAUAUUUACCCUCAAGAGGCCAGACCUGCCUGCAAGCACAACUGUCCCCACCACAGCUACUGCGUCACCUUCUGAGCUGGGAGGCCGAGAGGGGACUAUCGCAGGGGUCGGGGCUGAGAUACUCAGUGUGGCUGAAGGGAUUCGGAGUCUGGUUCAGCAAUGGGAUAAAAAGACAACCGAAGGGACACAGAGGACUGAGGCAUCGGUGACAGCUGGGUUUUUGGAAGCUUCCUCUCUUCAUGCUGUGGAGCUCACUGCUGUCCAGAAUGUAACUGCCAACGUGACGGGUGAUGUGCAGAUCUUACUGGAAACUGAGCAGCCUCACGUUGCUCUCUCAGCGACUACAAAGCCCGAAUUUCCGUUGAACAAGACUCAAGUUCCAUUAAAGACGCCUGAGACACCACGCCCAGAAAAUUUCAGCACAGAAGUUGGUCUCUUAGAGCUGAUUGGGGAUCCCCCGCCAGACCAGAUAACCAAAAUAUACGGUCCUGACCACAGUCCUGGCUACGUGUUUGGACUGGAUGCCAACACUGGCCAAGUGGCCCGCUACCACCUCCCCAGCCCUUUUUACAGAGACUUCUCACUCCUGUUCCACGUUCAGCCCACGUCGGACAAGGCUGGUGUGCUUUUUGCCAUCACAGAUGCUUCCCAGUCGAUCAUCUAUGUGGGUGUGAAGCUUUCAGAGGUCAAGGAUGGGAAGCAACAGAUACUCUUCUACUACACAGAGCCUGGCUCUCAGAACUCCUAUGCGGCUGCCACAUUCACCGUGCCUUCCCUUGUCAACCAGUGGACUCGCUUUGCCAUCAGCGUCGAGGAGGAAGAGGUGGUUCUCUACAUGGACUGCGAGGCAUUUGAGCGAGUCCGGUUUGAGCGCUCGCCCGAUGAGAUGGAGCUGGAAGAAGGCUCUGGGCUCUUUGUUGCCCAAGCUGGAGGGGCUGAUCCAGAAAAAUAUCAGGGUGUCAUUGCAGAACUGAAAGUGAAAGGAGAUCCUCGGGCAGCUGAAGUCCAGUGCGAGGAAGAGGAGGAUGAUUCUGAUAUGGCGUCUGGAGAUGGUGGAAGUGGGGCUGAAGAAAAGCCACAGCCAUCAGAAAAGGAAAAGGGGGGUGCCGUGCUGCCAAGCCUCCCAGAACCCCCGCCUGUCACGUCCCCUCCCACCGCCAAGGAGCCUGCACAGCCAGAAGAGAGGCCCAGUCUGCACACGGAACGGACCAAACCAGGAGGGACCCCGCCGUCUGCUUCAGGCGUUGGAGCCAAAGGUGAAAAAGGGGAUCAGGGUGAAAAAGGUGAGCGUGGCCCUAAAGGAGAUUCUGGAGUCGGUGAAGUUCUACCAGCAGGUGGCACUAAAGGUGAAAAGGGAGAGAAAGGAGAGUUGGGUGUUAAGGGAAAUGCAGGCUUUGGGUAUCCGGGCGCGAAAGGACAGAAAGGCGAGCCUGGUGCACAAGGAUCUCCCGGCCCCGUGGGUCCCCCUGGCCCUCCUGGGACCAUGCUGCAAAGCCCUGACGGCUCUCUUAUAGAGCAAGUGGCUGGGCCUCCGGGACCUGCAGGCCCACCAGGGACACCUGGGAAAGAUGGUCUACCUGGGAAGGAUGGAGAGCCUGGGGAUCCUGGUGAAGAUGGUAAACCAGGUGACAUUGGCCCCCAGGGAUUCCCUGGGACCCCAGGGGAGCCUGGGCAGAAAGGAGAAAAGGGUGAUUCAGGCGUUGGCGCACAAGGUCCCCCUGGUCCACCAGGACCACCUGGGCUACCAGGACUCAGUUCUAAACUGGACAAGUUGACAUUUAUUGAUAUGGAAGGCUCUGGCUUUGGAGGUGACUUGGAAAGUUUACGGGGCCCCAGAGGACCUGCUGGGCCCCCCGGGCCUCCUGGAGUGCCAGGCUUGCCAGGACAACCUGGGAGAUUUGGAGUGAACAGCACGGGCCUUCCAGGGCCACCCGGGCUCCCGGGAGUGCCAGGCAGAGAUGGCAGCCCAGGACUUCCUGGACCUCCUGGUUCUCCUGGAAGAGAUGGCAUCCCUGCCCAGCCUGGGGCCAAUGGAGCAGCCGGAGACCCAGGAGAACUAGGCCUUCCAGGAGCACCCGGACCCAAGGGCAGCAGAGGAGAUGCAGGGUUGCCCGGAGCACCAGGGGAAACUGGCCUGGCAGGACUUCCAGGGCCCAUGGGUCCCCGAGGACCGCCUGGACCUCCUGGUCCACCUGGGCCAGGCUUCGCACCUGGAAUUGACGAUAUGGAGGGCUCAGGACUGCCAUUUGUUUCUGCUGUCCCUGGAGCACGUGGACCAGAAGGGCCGCAGGGGCCACCGGGACUUCCAGGGCUCAAGGGGGACACUGGCAGUUCUGGUGUGCCAGGAGAGAAAGGAGAAAAGGGAGAACCAGGAUUGGCAGGACUGGAUGGUCGGCCUGGACUAGAGGGUUUCCCGGGGCCACAGGGGGUGAAAGGUGACAAAGGAGACUCAGGGGAUAAAGGUGAACGAGGUCGAGCUGGAGUGGGAUUGCCCGGCCCCCCUGGGCCCCCCGGCCCUCCCGGACAAGAUACCUACACUGCCUCCAGGGACGAUAGAAGCUUGUCUAGUGUCCUAGGCCCAGAAGGCAAACAAGGGCAUGCUGGUUUCCCAGGACCAGUUGGACCAAAGGGCGACACAGGAUCACCAGGUCUUCAAGGGACUCCAGGACUGAAGGGUGAAAAAGGAGAGCCAGGCGUUAUAAUUGGCCCUGAUGGAACUGUCAUAGCAGCUCAGGCAAAGGGAGAAAAGGGCGAGCCAGGGGCAAGAGGACCUGUGGGACCAGCAGGGCCACCUGGGCAGCAUGGACAGAAAGGAGAAAUUGGCUUUCCUGGAAGACCUGGCCGGCCUGGAAUGAAUGGGUUGAAAGGAGAAAAAGGUGACCCAGCAGACUCAACUGGAGGGCGGGGCUUAAUGGGUCUUCCAGGUCUCCCUGGACCACCCGGGCCUCCAGGACCUCCAGGCAGUAUAGUUCCUGUUUAUGACAAUAAUGCAUUUAGUGAGAUGGGCCCUCCUGGACCUCCAGGCCUGCCUGGCUACCAUGGUGCUCCUGGUGAGAAGGGAGAAAAAGGCGAGAUGGGGCCUCCGGGACCAUCAGGCCAGUUCCCCUAUGAUCUCAGCAUAUUUGGCUCCACAAUUAGGGGAGAAAAGGGGGACAGAGGGGACGCUGGGGCAAGAGGUGAAAAGGGUGAGCCAGGAGGCGGCGGGUUCUUUGGCUCAAGCGUUGCAGGCCCUCCAGGUCCUCCCGGAUAUCCUGGCCUUCCGGGGCCAAAAGGGGACAGUGUUAGGGGACCACCUGGUCCCCCUGGGCCUCAAGGACCUCCCGGUGCAGGAUUUGAGGGACGACCAGGUCCUCCGGGUCCUCCCGGACCUCCUGGUCCCCUUUCUUUUCCAGGUCCCCAUAGACAAUCCAUCAGUAUCCCGGGGCCACCGGGGCCGCCAGGACCUCCAGGCGUUGGUGAUGCAUCUUCUGGGCUGCGAAUCUUGCCAACGUAUCAGAGCAUGAUGAGCAGAGCUCAUGAAACACCCGAAGGGCAGCUCCUCUUCGUCCGGGACAGAGAAGAGCUCUACAUCCGUGUCCGCAGUGGUUUCAGGAGAGUCCUUCUUGAGGAAAGAGUCUCUAUCUCUGGUCCUGGUCUGGACAAUGAGGUAUACGAUAGGCCUCCCAGUAUCCACUACUCACACGGUGAGGGCACAGCAUCAUCUGGAUCCCAGCGCCCAUUUCCACAGCAUUUGCCUGUGCAUCCUCACCGAGAGCACGGGGUCUACUCCACUGCCAAGCCCUGGAGAGGAGAUGAGAGUGUGGCCAACCAACAGCGCCUUCCCGAGCAACCUGCCAUCCACCACCCCCCUCGUCAGGGAGGGCAGCAGCAGGAAGAGCAAGCGAACGCCUUCUUCCAUAACAGCCGCCCGUCCGGAACUCUUCCUUCUGCUGUUCACACACACCAUGACUUCCAGCCGGCUCUCCACCUUAUAGCCCUGAACACUCCCCUGAGUGGCAGUAUGCGUGGCAUCCGAGGGGCUGACUUCCAGUGUUUCCAGCAAGCGAGGGAGGCUGGACUAGCGGGCACCUUCCGAGCAUUCCUCUCGUCCCGACUGCAAGACCUCUACAGUAUAGUGCGGAGAGCAGACAGGAGUAUGGUGCCUAUAGUCAAUCUCAGGGAUGAAGUGCUGUUUACUAACUGGGAGUACCUCUUCUCAGGCUCUGAGGCUCCCUUUAGAACUGGGGUUCAUAUCCUCUCCUUUGAUGGAAGGGACGUCUUGAGAGAUUCUGCAUGGCCUCAGAAAUCCGUGUGGCACGGCUCCGACGCCAAGGGGCGGCGGUUAACAGAGAGCUACUGUGAAACGUGGCGGACAGAUGAUGCGGUGGUGACCGGGCAGGCCGCCUCACUGGCUUCAGGCAAGCUGCUGGAACAGAAGAGCAGCAGCUGCAAAAGUGCCUUCGUCGUCCUGUGCAUCGAAAACAGCUUCAUGACGUCUUCUCAGAAAUGAAAUGGCACCACACCAAAAGCACUGACUGCAAGGGGGGGGGGGACCUCCUGUUGCCAUCGCAUAGAGGAGAACAGGUGGUGGUCCCUCCCCACCUCACCCCCCCCCCAAUCAGUAUAGUGCGUCCAGGCAGUUCCACAGUAUAGCCGUGAAGCAGAUCAAUGAAUGAAAAAGCCAAAGAGUGUCUUCCUGUGGUUUCCCGUGCAGACGGGGUGCUGAAUGUGUCCCCCCCCA